AUGCCUAGAUCAAAACGUUCAAAGUUAGUGACUUUAGCUCAAACCGAUAAGAAAGGUAGAGAAAAUAAAGAGAGGAUAUUCGACGAAAUAAGGGAAGCACUAGACACUUACAGAUACGUAUGGAUCUUACAUCUAGACGACGUUAGAACACCGGUAUUACAAGAGAUUAGAACCGCUUGGACCGGUUCAAAAUUAAUCAUGGGUAAGCAAAAGGUCCUACAAAAGGCUAUAGGUGAUAACGUUACCAAUGAAUAUAAAGAUAAUUUACAUAAAUUAUCAAAAUUUUUCACUGGUGUCACUGGUCUUUUAUUCACAAAUGAAGAUGUUGAAACCGUCAAGGACUAUUUCAGAGCAUACUCAAGAUCUGAUUAUUCAAGACCAAAUUCUAUUGCUCCAUUAACUUUUGUAAUUCCAAGUGGUAUUGUCUAUUCUCGUGGUGGUCAAAUUCCAAUCGAAGAAGAUAUUCCAAUGGUCCAUUCUUUAGAACCAACUUUCAGAAACAAAUUUAAUAUUCCAACAACAAUCAAGAAAGGUAAAAUCACUAUCGAUAGCCCAUAUACAGUUUGUGAAGAGGGUAAGAAGUUAGAUGUUAGACAAGCUUUGAUAUUAAAACAAUUUGGUAUUGCCGCCUCCGAAUUCAAAGUCAAAAUCUCUGCAUUCUAUGAUACUGAGUCAGCCGAAGUUGAGAAAGUUAACAUCAAUAUGGAAUAA